AAAUCAAUACGAUUCCCAAAGUUCUAGGGCUUCUUUCCGUCCUGGAGCACCGGUAUGAUGAAAUACGGAACAAACGGCAGUUGUACUUCAGGUGGUCUUCGACACAGUCCGUCAGCAUGGCUCAGUGCACAUUUUGGACAUUUUGCGCCUUAGUGGCAUGCGCUCAUGCCGCCACGUACAAAGUCACAUCCCAAGUUUACAUGGACCUGACGAUCGACGGUGUGCCAACCGAGCGCAUGGUCAUCGGUCUUUUCGGCGAGGAAGCCCCGAAAACGGUGGAAAAUUUCCGCCACAUUUGCACAACCGGAAUCGACGGCAUCACGUACAAGGGCAGUCGCAUUCACAGGGCGAUCAACAAGUUUAUGAUUCAAGGUGGAGACAUCGUUUCUGGAGAUGGUCAUGGAUCCAUCAGCAUUUACGGGAAGUACUUUGAGGACGAAAAUCUCAACAUAAACCACUCGCGAUCGGGACUGAUUGCGAUGGCGAACCGUGGACCGAACACAAACGGGUGCCAGUUCUACAUUACGACCAUGCCGGCGCCCUGGCUCAACGGAAAGCAUACCAUUUUCGGGAAGGUUAUCGACGGUCAGGGUGCGGUGCACAAGGUCGAGCAGCAGAAAACGGACAGUGACGACUUUCCGGUGCCGAAGAUUAUUGUGGAGGACUGCGGAGAUUUUCCGAUGACCGAUACGUACACGGUUUCGGACGAUCCGUACGAUUUGUGGGCGUGGAUCAAAGCAGCGUACCUCCCGCUCGGAAUGAGCUUUGGUAUUUUAGCUCUCUUUCAGUACAUAAUUCGUAAAUUAGACAUCUAUUCUUAAAUUGUGACCAAUUUGAUUUAAUAAAAUGCUUGGAAAAAAUGCCCGAAUUUCAAUUACUGACU